AGAAGUUACCAGCAACACUUGUCCUGAACUUCACCAGUUAUUGUUAGAUGCGUGUAUUAAAAUCAAAAAUUUACCGAUGUCGUUGCAGUGUUUAAGCGAAUAAUGUGGUAAGAUUAACACGAAUAUGGCCUCUGCACCGAUAAUGGACGCAGAAAUUGAUGAAGAAAUUGAGAAUGGUCCCAUCUUUGAUGAAGAGUUUUUAGAAAAAGUAAAAGCUUGCAAGAUAAAUAAUCCGGAUCAGUUUGUCAGCUUCUGGGAAAUGGAUGAAAAUGAUAUAAAUGAGGCCAGUGCAGAAGAAAUUGAAAGUAAUUCAGGCCUUAUGCUUUUAAAGGCAGCUGAGAGUGGAAAUAAGGAAUUGGUUGAACGUUUAUUGUCAAGCGACGAUUCUGUUUUAAAUUAUCAAGAUGCUGAUGGUUAUACAGCUCUACAUAGAGCUUCCUAUGAGGGGCAUAGCGACGUUCUUGAAUUAUUAUUGAGCAAAGGAGCAAAUAUUGAAUCACAGACAGCAGAUCACUGGACGCCUUUGCAUAGUGCCUGCAGAUGGAAUGAAGUCAAGAGUGUUACAGUCCUACUUCAGCACGGUGCCAAUAUUAACUCUUUAACUUCUUCCAGUCAGACUCCUUUACACAUAGCUGCAAAUUUUUCAGAAAAUUCCAAGGUUUUAGAAUUACUCUUAUCCCAACCGCAUAUUGACAUAAGCAUUAAAAAUAGCCUAGGAGAGACUGCAAAGGAUAUUUGUACCAGAUGUAAUCCAUACGAAUAUUUAUUUGACAUGGCAAUAAGGCAUUCUGAAAUUUAA